UCAGGAGGAGAGAGGGAAGGAAAUAGCACUGAGAGACAGAGCAGGACGAAGAGAACAGCAGAGCAAUUUGUACAGAACUAUAACGAAUGAGGAUAGGUGAACACAGCAAGUGAUGGGUAUAUUAUUAAGGAGCAAGAUUCCUGGAUUAUACUAUUUGCUGGUGUUUGGAAUAACAGGAUCAGUCUUUGAGGCAGUCAUGAUCUAAAGGCCCUCAGCAGCAAGGCUGAACACAACGGCCAAGGCACAGAGAGCAGUAUAGGGGCGGAGGCUGGGAAACAGGGCCUGAGGAUUAGACAUCGAUCACAAACAGCAUGAGAACAUCCAGGAAGGGAAGCGUGGAAAUGCCAGCUUUUGUCCGGCAGCUGGUGAAGGAGACAGAGAAACGGGUCACCUCUUUUUUUAAAGGGGGACGUGGAGGAGGCGGGGGUGAGCCGGUUGAAGCUGAGGAGAGUGGAGAGGAGGAGGGGGUCAUCCCCAGUCCUUAUCUUGAACGUCCUGUACUAGACAAGUAUUUUGAAGAGGGCUGUGCCUCCUAUGGCCUCACCUAUGCUCUGGGCAGUAUGCAGGGAUGGAGGGCCCACAUGGAGGACUUCCAUAACUCAUUCCCCCACCUAGGUGGAGAGCUCUCUCAUUGGGGCUUCUUUGCGGUAUAUGAUGGCCAUGCUGGCAGCACAGUGGCUCAACACUGCUCACGAAAUCUGCUGGAGCACAUAUUAAGUACAGGUAAGGUCCGGGCAAAGGAAGAUGUGGAGCAGGUAACUGAUGGCAUUAGGGAAGGCUUUUUCCUCAUGGACAAACACCUCCAUGCAAUGGCCUGCCGAGAGGGCUGGGAGCGUGGUGGCACCACUGUGGUGUCAACUGUAAUCACUCCACACCACUUCUACUUUGCGAACUGUGGAGACUCGCGAGCAGUUCUGUGUCGUGCCGGGCACGUGGCCUUUUCAACAGAAGACCACAAGCCAUUUUGUCCUGGAGAGAAGGAGCGCAUUGAGAAUGCUGGUGGCUCAGUCACUUUGCAGCGUGUUAAUGGCUCCCUGGCUGUCUCCAGAGCUCUUGGAGACUUCAGCUACAAGUCAGUUGAAUGGCGCCCAGUUACUGAGCAGAUGGUCUCUCCAGAGCCAGAGAUCUCAGCUGUGGAGCGCUCAACAGCAGACGAGUUCAUAGUUCUGGCAUGUGACGGUGUCUGGGACACAGUCAGCAACGAGGAGCUCUGUGCGUUCGUGCGUAGCCGACUGCAAGUGUGUACAGACCUGCGAGACGUCUGCUCCCAGGUCAUUGACCUUUGUCUCUACAAGGGAAGUCUUGACAAUAUCAGCAUCAUAGUGGUGUGUUUCCCUGGCGCCCCCCAGCUUUCUCCUGAGGCAUUGCACCAGGAGGCUGAAUUAGAGGACUACCUGGAGUCAAAAGUUGCUGACAUCUUUGAGGAAUUAAGCGGAAGAGGAGACGAGCCUGAUCUCUUGUCAGUUCUCACUGUUCUGGCUUCAACAGAGAUCCCUGGGCUUCCACCAGGGGGUGGCCUUCAGAGCAAACGAAACUGUAUCAUCUCUGCUUACUAUCAGCAAAAGGAGGCCCGUAAAGUCAGGUUAGCCCAGCAACUUGGUUCUGCAGAUACCACUUAGAGUCGUCUCCUAAACCCUUAAUACAGACAGACUGACAAAUAUAUGCUGUCUGCAAAACAAAAAAAAAUCUUUCUAUUAUGAGUUUUAUGUUUUUGGGUUUUUUUCGACUCUAUUCAACAACCUUUACAAUGCUUGGGGGAUCUCUCAAUUAGAGGUAGCUAGGAUUAUUCCAAACCACUCACUUCUCAAGAUAAUAACUAUUGAAUGUAAUGUAUAUGUACCUAGGUUUCUGAUAUAUUUCCAGAAUAAUUUCCUACAUAUGAUAAAUAUAUUCAAUGUAUAAAUAGCAACACUCAGGUAAUUUAUAAAAAUAAAAAACCUUUCAAAUCAUAGAGUUUUAAAGUAAUAUUCAGAUGUUAAAAUUAUUGUUUUUGUAGCAUUCUUUGAGCUGCACAGAAUGCAAGUGAUGUUCCUGAUUAACAUGUUUUGCAUUUGAACACUGUACUCUUAUCAGAUGCAGCCACGUACAGUGAGCUUUCCAAACAUACAGACCCACAUCACAGACACUCAAGAUCUUCAAAUGUCUUUUCCUGUAAUUUGAUCUGAUGUUUGCAUGAUCUAUAUUGUGCUGCCUUACUGACCACUUAUCAAAAUCAAUUAGAUGGACAGCAUUAAUAUAUUAAUAGAUUUAUUAGUGUCUGUUCAACAAAAUGAUUUCAUUAUUGUAUAAUGUUAUGUGAAAUGACCUUUGUGCAUAUUUUACACAUCUAGUAUAUGGACAACGUUUGUGGUAAUGUUAAGGUCAAGUCCUCAAAAAUAAAGGAAUAAAACAGAA